AUGAGCGGGUGGGCAGCUUUAGGUUGCUUCCUGAUUCUUGCGUGGCUGCUGGCUUUGCCGGGCCGGUCCCUCGUCCGCCACCCGUUGCCCGUGCUGUGGGUCUCGCCCGUCACCCCGCCACCCGGGCAGGAGAACCUGACGGCGUCGCUCCUCCCGGCAGUUCGGCUGGCUCUGCGAGACCUGAAGGGUCAACCCCCUCCUCUGGGUCGCUACGAGAUUCACUUUGAGCUGCUGGACUCACAGUGUGAUGGCAGUAAAGGACUCAAAGCUCUCUUUGACGCAAUGUGGACGGGGCCAAAGUACCUGAUGGUCUUCGGAGGGGCGUGCCAUGCUAUGACAUCACUCAUCGCCAGGUCUCUUCAGGCUCUGGACCUGGUUCAGCUGUCUUUCGCUGCCCCGGCCCCUGGCCUGUCCGACCGGCGGAGGUUCCCAAACUUCUUCAGUACGGUUCCCUCAGACAGAGCCGUGAACCGGGCCGUCGUGGAGCUGCUCCGAAGCUUCAGCUGGAGCAGAGUUGCCCUUCUCACCCAGGAGGAUCAAACGCCAACAGAGACGAAGACGGAUCUCGUCCGGCAGCUGAGGAAGGCCGACGUCCAGAUCAUAGCCACCGACGUGCUCUCUGAGGACCCCUGUGCAAAGCUAAAACAACUGAAGGACAGAGACGCCAGGAUCCUCGUAGGACUGCUCCAAGGGGGCGCUGCCUCGCAGGUCUUCUGUUGUGCCUACAGACUGAACAUGUUCGGCCAGCGGUACCAGUGGAUUCUAACCAGUGGGCCCAGCGGCAGGUGGACGUUGGACUCUCAGGUCGCCGCUUGUUCUGCAGACAGACUGGUGACAGCCAUGGAGGGGUCCUUCAGGCUUUCUGUCAGACACCUGAGUGACGGACACACCAGAGGCAUCUCUGGAAGGACCCCCGAGGAAUACGAGGAAGCAUACCUCACAGAGCUGAGAGGUGAGGGGGCGAAACCCACCGAGCUCCACGGCUUCACUUAUGAUGGCGUCUGGGUCAUGGCCAACGCUCUGAGCCGGGUCAUGGAGUCGGUCCGACACCGGGAGAGGUACGGCCUUCACCCAAACCUAACCAGCACCACGGCCACGGAGAUGGAGAGAAUGGUGCUGGACGCCAUGAAGCAGACGCACUUUAACGGAGUCACGGGCCCCGUUCAGUUCUGGAAUGGAGAGCGGGCGGCAUCGGUUGAGCUGAGUCAGUUUCAAGGGGCCAGAGAGGUGGAGGUAGGUCAGUACAACACCUCCACCCAGGAGCUCCAUCUGAUUACCGACAGGAUGAAGUUUAAGGGCGAGACACCGGCCAGGGACCGCACCUUUGUUAGUCUACAGCCAAGGCACAUAGAUCUCAUUUCCUACGGCGUGAUGUCAUCGGUUACCACCUUAACCAUCAUCAUCACCCUCACCGUCCUGCUCUUCAGCAUCAGACACCAUAAACACUGGUACGUCUCCAGUCAAACCAGCACAGCCUCCUUCUCAAACCCAAGGCUGGUCAAGGCAUCCGGUUGGCCCCUGGAUGAACUGCUCCUCCUGGGAAUGCUGCUUUCCUCCUCCUCCGUCCUCCUCUCUGGUCUGGAUGGAUCCCUGGUGUCUGAACCAACUUUCGAUCUUCUUUGUUCUGUUCGCCUCUGGUCUCUGUCAGUAGGACACACCAUAGGCUUCGGGGCGCUUUUUGCCAAAACCUGGAGAAUGUAUUCACCGUUCACCAAAACAAGCGCAGAAGAGAAGAGCCGCUUGGAGGGACCAGGCAGGGUAGUGGCUGCCAUGUUGCUGCUGGAUGGGUUUGUGUUAGCCUCCUGGCAGAUCCUGGACCCUCUCAGGCGGGUGGUGUUUGAGCAUAGCUUAGAGACGGACAUCGGCGGGUCAGACGUUUCUGUCAGGCCUUACUCAGAACACUGUGCCAGCACCAAUCUGGACCUGUGGCUCACUGUGGUUUAUGGAUACAAAGGCGCUGUGAUGGGUCUUGGCUGUUUUCUUGCCUGGAACAUAAGGGGCAGACAGGAAGAGCAUCCCGCCGGUGAUGGGAAGCAUCUGCUGCGGAGCGUCUGUGCCGUGACCUUGUCCAGCAUCUUCGGCGUGUUGAGCUCUCUGCUGACUUCCAGUCAUCCUCAGCUGCAGUUCUGCUCGACCGCCCUACCCAUCGUCCUCUGUAACUGCUUCAUCCUCGCUUCCAUGUUCUGCCCAAAGGUUCUGUACAUUAGGAGUGGACUGGGUCAGACAGCAGAGUUUCAGUCCAGUUUCCAAGAGCAGUCCUGUGCGGGUCCUAAAGACGACGCCAGUGGUACGGUCCAACAGCUGAUCCAUCAGAACCAGCUCCUCCAGACACACUUGGAACAGGUCCUUGAGAGUAACUCUAUUUGUCUGCAGCUGGACGGGGAGAUUGAGGCCAUUUCCCUGCAACUCAACCAGACCUCGGCCUCUUCUGAUGAAAGAAAACUGCACCACAACUCAGACAGGAGCCACGUUGAAAUCAAAUCCAGCACCAGAGAGACCCAUGAAGCCCAGAUCAGUGCUGAGAACAGAAACUCCAGGGUGGAAACUCACCGGCUGGAGGACAUCAACUCUCCUGAUCACGUGAGGCGCCGGUUCUCCUUACAGCUGCCCAUCCUCCACCAUGCCUACCUCCCAGUCAUCGGCGGAGUCUCCGCCAGUCCUUCCAGUCUGUACAGCAUCUCAGAGGUCGCCGUUGCAGAACAAUGA